AUGUCUUCAUUUAAACCCACAAAAAUACCAGUGUAUCCCAAACUCGGAGAGAAAGUCACGCAAGAAACCCUCUACUGGAAAGACUACAAGCCUCCUAUUCAGAUAAAGGAAUAUGGCGCCAUCACAAAUAUAGAUUUCUCUCCUGUGGCUCCGUACAAUUUUGCCGUGACCGCAUUCACUCGGAUCCACAUUUAUGGACCCUUCUCUCAAGAGCCAGUAAAGACAUUCACCAAAUUCAAGGACAAUGCCUACUGCGGGAGGUUCCGGUCGGACGGACAGCUUCUCGUGGCCGGAUGCGAGGACUCGGUGGUGCGACUUUUUGACGUCGCCGGGAAAGUGGCCCUCAGGAUGUUCAAAGGGCACUCCAAGGCGGUGCAUGUGACGGACUUCACCUCAGACCGGUACCACAUCCUCACUGGAUCGGACGACUCCACCUGUCGCCUCUGGGACGUCCCGAACUCCGUCGAGCUCUCGUCGUACAAGGAGCACACAGACUACAUCCGCUGCGGUGUGGCCAGCAAACUCAACAGCAAUCUCCUAAUAACAGGGUCCUAUGAUCACACACUGAAGGUCUUUGACACCAGAACAGACAAGAGCGUGAUCACCAUGGACCACGGUCAGCCGGUGGAGAGCCUCCUCCUCUACCCCUCUGAAGGACUCCUCGUUUCAGCAGGAGGCCGCUAUGUAAAAGUGUGGGAUCUCCUUAAAGCGGGCCAGCCCCUCGUCUCACUGAAAAACCACCACAAAACCGUCACCUGCUUAUGUCUCAGCAGUAACGGGCAAAGACUACUCUCUGGUUCACUGGACAGGCAUGUCAAGGUGUACAACACAACAACAUACAAAGUUGUUCACAAUUUUGACUACGCUGCCUCCAUCCUCAGUCUCGGCUUGGCGCCAAACGACGAGUCUAUUGUUGUGGGAAUGACCAAUGGGAUCCUCAGCAUUAAGCACAGAAAAGGCCCUGAAGACUCCAAACCGGGUCCAAGUCUGCAGAGAAGGCGACCGACCUACCGCGUUUUUGUGAAGGGCAAGAACUUCAUCCCCAAACAGGAGGACUAUCUGGUCAGUAAACACGUGAAGGAGCACCUGGCCAAACACGACAAGCAGCUGAAGAAGUUUAACGUGUCUAAAGCGCUGGAUUCAGCUUUGGAGGCAAAUAAAAGAACCAGGAAGCCUGAGAUCACGGUCGCUGUCCUGAAGGAGUUGGAUCGAAGAGGGAAGUUGAGGAAUGCUCUCGCUGGAAGAGACGAACACGGACUUUCGCUGUUGCUGAGUUUCCUCAUCGGUCACCUGGUGGACCAAAGAUUCGCUCCUGUCCUGGUGAUGACCGCCGACAUGAUCCUGGACAUCUACGGCUCCACCGUGGGCCAGUCGCCGCUGAUCGACCGGCAGCUGCUGCACUUGCAAGAGCUGCUCGAGCGCGAGAUCAACUACGAGCAAGACCUGCUGGCGGUGCUCGGCAUGCUGGACACUCUCUUUGCCUGCGGCGUGCCCAAACAGGAGGUCCCGAGAUCGGGCACCAGCCGACCGAACGGGCUGGAAGAACCUAAAACGACAGCUCAAACGGCAGCCUCGUGA